CUCCUUCUAAUUUCCCUGCUGCUGGCUUGGCGGUGUCCAGAGGAGGUGAUCUCCUGUGCUCAGAGAGAAGCGAUGCAGUGUGACAGAGCAUCUGACUAGCUCUGGAGAACCUCCCUGCACCACCUUCUCCUCCUCAUCAUCACCCUCCUCCCCUCCAAGCUCCUUCUACACCCGGCAGCUUGUUUAUAGAGCAUAGUGGAACUGGGGAGGGAUUCUCUAACCAUCUCUUCACAUCUCAUCCACGUGUUUUCCAGCACUGAGUAAGACCUGAGUUCAGGACCAAGGAGAGGGACUCAUGACAUCUUCUUCUACAGCUGCCUUCCUGGUGUCAGUGUCUGCGCGCAGGACAGCACAGAGAAUUGACUUCGUGGCACUGCUUCUAAUUUUAUUCAGUAUUUCCUUUGGAAUUACCAGGGAACCAUAGAAAUUAAAAGGUACGUUUGGCAAGGGCACAGAGGUGCUCUGUAUGUUCUAUCAUGACUUUGAAUGGUCAUGCCUUCCUAUGAGUGCAAGCACCUAGUUUGGACUAAAACAGGUUGUGUACUUCACCUAAGGACUUUCACCAUGGCACGCAUGUCAUCUUUUUAAACCUAUACAUGCUUUCUCUUGUUCCCUCUGGAGAUUUUCCAUUAUCCAGUGCUAUGCAUGUUGUGUGAAAAUGGGCUCUAGAUCAACAGACUUUUUCUAUGCACUUGUGAACCUUUUGCCAAGACUUUCCUGUCCAUGUUUUGUGAUAUCCCCACUAGUAGCACGUUCUGCAUUUGUACAUUGAUUCUACACUAACCUUGGUCCUAAAGCAGAUGCUCAUAUUGGGGUUUCUUUCAUAAUUUUAGCGAUCAAUAUGCGUGAUCGCUUCCUGUGGCAAUCAGUUCUUGCACGGAGCCUUGCAUUCUUGCCCUCUUAAAGAAGUAUCAGUCUCUUGUUGCACCACUGCAGAUAGCAAGAUCUUCCUUUGCCCUCACUUGACCCUUCAACAAAAGUUUGACUGCAAGAAGACAAGAAGGACUCCUUACCAAACCUUAAGAGACUGUGGAUAUAGUUUUUGUGGAUUACUUUCUUUGGAGGUAUAAUACAGAACUCUCCUUUGCCAUGAAGAGGAAACAAAAACGGUUCAUUCAAAUGGUAUUGCUGUUUAUGGUGGCUUUAAUUUUCUUGCCCAACAUUGGUCUCUGGUCUUUGUACAAGGACAAGCAUUUCAUGAAAUCAGCAGAAGCUGGAGAACAGACAUUUUCUAUUGGACUGAGUGAUGCUCAACUCUACACAUGGACAGAUGGCCUUCGAAGAAAAGACUGGCAUGACUACGAAAGCAUCCAAAAAGAUUCAUUACGCUCAGGGAAAGGCGAACACGGAAAACCAUACCCUCUUACUGAAUUAGAGCAAGAUGACACUGUUUACAGAGAAAAUGGUUUUAAUAUAUUUGUUAGCAACAACAUUGCUCUGGAGAGGUCCUUGCCUGAUAUUCGACAUCCUAACUGUAAGCACAAGUUUUAUUUGGAAAAGCUGCCAAACACUAGCAUAAUUAUCCCAUUCCAUAAUGAAGGAUGGACAUCACUGCUGAGAACCCUGCACAGUGUGAUUAACAGAACGCCUGACAGCUUGAUUGAGGAAAUCAUCUUGGUUGAUGACUACAGUGACAGAGAACAUCUCAAGGAGAAAUUAGAAGACUAUAUGUCAUACUAUUCCAAAGUGAGAAUUGUGAGGACGAAGAAACGGGAAGGUCUGAUCCGGACUAGGCUUCUAGGAGCAUCUGUAGCCAGAGGAGAAGUCUUAACAUUCCUGGACUCUCAUUGUGAGGUUAAUGUGAACUGGCUACCCCCAUUACUUAAUCAGAUCGCUCUGAACCACAAAACAAUUGUUUGUCCCAUGAUAGAUGUCAUUGACCACAAUCACUUUGGAUAUGAAGCACAGGCAGGAGACGCCAUGAGAGGAGCUUUUGACUGGGAAAUGUAUUAUAAACGCAUCCCAAUCCCUCCGGAGCUGCAGAGGACAGAUCCAAGUGACCCUUUUGAAUCACCUGUAAUGGCUGGGGGCUUAUUUGCUGUAGAUCGGAAGUGGUUUUGGGAGCUGGGUGGAUAUGACCCUGGUUUGGAAAUCUGGGGAGGCGAGCAAUAUGAAAUAUCAUUUAAGGUAUGGAUGUGUGGCGGUGAAAUGUAUGAUGUGCCUUGUUCCAGAGUAGGUCACAUCUACAGGAAGUAUGUGCCUUACAAAGUCCCUACAGGAACAAGUCUGGCAAGGAACUUGAAGCGUGUGGCUGAGACUUGGAUGGAUGAGUUUGCAGAGUAUAUAUACCAGAGAAGACCGGAGUAUAGACAUCUGUCCACAGGAGACAUUUCUUCCCAGAAGGAGCUUCGAAAGCACCUGAAGUGCAAGGACUUCAAGUGGUUUAUGUCUGAAGUAGCAUGGGAUAUACCAAAGUACUAUCCACCAGUGGAACCCCCACCUGCCUCAUGGGGAGAGAUACGAAAUUUGGCAUCAAACCUUUGCAUUGACAGCAAACAUGGAGCAACUGGGACUGAGCUGAGAUUAGACAAUUGUGUGAAAGAUGGUUCAGAGAGAACAUGGUCACAUGAACAGCUUUUUACUUUUGGAUGGAGACAAGAUAUCCGACCUGGUGAACCAUUACACACAAGGAAAUUCUGCUUCGAUGCCAUUUCCCACACCAGCCCUGUCACACUUUAUGACUGUCAUGGCAUGAAGGGUAAUCAGCACUGGAGCUACAGAAAGGAUAAAACUUUGUUUCAUCCUGUAAGCAACAGCUGCGUCGACUGCAACCCAGCUGAGAAAAGAAUAUUCAUGAACAGAUGUGACCCUCUCUCUGAAACACAGCAGUGGAUAUUUGAGCACAUUAACAUGACAAUACUACAGAAAUUCAACAUUUAUAAUAACUCUUAGGAAACUGGUUACAUCAUUAACAAUAAACUACAACUGAGUUACAAGAGUCAUGAUUUCAAUUUCAACGAACUGGGAAUUCUUGGUUUGAGGAUAACUGCAAAAAAAUGCCACUUACAGGCACGUGCCACGAGAUGUCUUCAAAUCCAGAGAAUGCGGAUGAAAAUGAGAACUGGUGCAGUUGAUGAGAACUUGAAACAUAAUUUCCUUGCUGGUCAAGGCCAAUCUUAACCUUUGGAAUAAUACUCUGUGCCACCACAACGGAAUGCAUUUUUAAACUAACUCAGGAACCAUCCUGCUGUAGUGUGUAGCUGGAAAUUAAUGGAGUAUGUUCUUCCUUUUUUGAUGGGGGGUCCGGGAAUGGACUGCAUGAUUAACAUGAGUCUUCAAAAGCACCACAAAUAUAGCCUCCUGACAUAUUCAAAUAGGACAUUUUGAGAUGACAAUGAUAAGCAAUUAAAUGUGGUAUUACUUUUCUUAAAUUAAGGGGUUAACAGGUUUAACUCUCCGGUUUCUGCAAAUGCUUUUAGAAAACACUCCGAUACCUCUCUGGCCACUGAAUCUAAGGCUAGACAUUGAAUGAAGAACUUUUGGGUAUAGCAUGAUAUAGACUGUAUAAUGGUGAAUCAUUUUAUUUCUCCUUAAUAUCUGAAACAUAAGCUGUUGUUUUUUUUUUGUUUGUUUGU